GUCCCGGGCUCGGUCGGCCCCCGCGCCCAGGCGGCUGCUCCCUGCUGACUGGGGUGUGGGCGGGGAGCGGCGGAGGGAGGAGGAGGUGCUGCUGGCCGCUGCAGUUGCCUCCGCUGCUGGGCGCCUGGGCAGCUCCCCCGGUUCCCGCGGCCGCCAUGGACGAGCAAGCGGGUCCCGGCGUCUUCUUCAGCAACAACCACCCGGGCGCCGGCGGUGCCAAGGGUCUCGGGCCUCUGGCGGAGGCUGCCGCGGCCGGCGACGGGGCGGCUGCGGCGGGGGCGGCCCGAGCCCAGUACAGUCUCCCGGGCAUCCUCCACUUCCUGCAGCACGAGUGGGCCCGCUUCGAGGUCGAGAGAGCCCAGUGGGAAGUGGAGCGGGCGGAGCUGCAGGCUCAGAUUGCCUUCCUUCAGGGGGAAAGGAAAGGUCAAGAAAAUUUGAAGAAGGAUCUUGUGAGGAGGAUCAAGAUGCUGGAGUAUGCGCUUAAACAGGAAAGAGCUAAAUACCACAAGUUGAAAUAUGGAACAGAAUUGAAUCAGGGAGAUAUGAAGCCUCCAAGCUAUGACUCUGAUGAAGGUAAUGAAACAGAGGUGCAGCCACAACAAAACAGCCAGUUAAUGUGGAAACAAGGUCGACAACUACUCAGACAGUAUCUACAGGAGGUGGGUUACACAGAUACUAUUCUAGAUGUGAAAUCCAAACGAGUGCGAGCUUUGUUGGGCUUUUCAAGUGAUGUCACUGACAGGGAAGAUGACAAAAAUCAGGACUCAGUUAUAAAUGGCACAGAGGCUGAAGUUAAAGAGACAGCAAUGAUUGGAAAAUCUGAGUUAACAGAUUCUGCCUCCGUGCUGGAUAACUUUAAAUUCCUUGAAAGUGCAGCUACAGAUUUCAGUGAUGAAGAUGAAGAUGAUGACAUUGAUGGAAGAGAGAAAAGCAUCAUUGAUACUUCAACGAUUGUUAGGAAAAAAAUAUUGCCUGAUAGCAGUGAAGAUCGAGAUACAAAAGAAGCUCUAAAGGAGUUUGACUUUCUGGUUACAUCAGAAGAAGGAGACAAUGAAUCCAGAAGUGCAGGCGAUGGAACAGACUGGGAAAAGGAAGACCAGUGUCUCAUGCCUGAAGCUUGGAAUGUGGACCAGGGAGUAAUUACCAAACUCAAGGAACAAUACAAAAAGGAGAGAAAGGGGAAAAAGGGGGUGAAGAGAAAAACUACUGAAGAUCUGUUUCAGCCUCUAUCCUAUAUAAAACAAUCAAAACAGGGAUGUGGGAGAAUGCAGCAUCAAAGUACAGGGCCCAAUAGGUCAAAACUGCAAGAUAUGCUUGCUAAUUUGAGAGAUGUUGAUGAACUUCCCUCAUUGCAGCCAUCUGUGGGUUCACCUUCCAGACCCAGCAGCUCCAGGCUUCCUGAACAUGAAAUAAAUAGGGCAGAUGAAGUGGAAGCAUUGACGUUUCCUCCUUCUUCUGGGAAGUCAUUCAUCAUGGGAGCAGAUGAAGCCCUUGAAAGUGAACUGGGACUUGGAGAAUUGGCAGGCCUUACAGUGGCCAAUGAAGCAGACUCAUUAACUUAUGAUAUAGCAAACAAUAAAGAUGCAUUGAGGAAGACAUGGAACCCUAAGUUUACAUUAAGAAGUCACUUUGAUGGCAUUAGAGCCCUUGCUUUCCACCCCAUUGAGCCUGUUUUGAUAACAGCAUCAGAGGAUCACACGUUAAAAAUGUGGAAUUUGCAGAAAACAGCCCCAGCCAAAAAGAGCACUUCUCUUGAUGUGGAGCCUAUCUAUACAUUCAGAGCUCAUAAAGGUCCAGUGCUUUGUGUGGUAAUGAGCAGCAAUGGUGAGCAGUGCUAUAGUGGCGGGACUGACGGACUGAUCCAGGGCUGGAACACCACCAACCCCAACAUCGAUCCCUAUGACUCUUACGAUCCUUCUGUUUUAAGAGGCCCUCUCCUAGGCCACACCGAUGCAGUCUGGGGUUUGGCUUACAGUGCAGCACACCAGCGUUUGUUGUCCUGUUCAGCAGAUGGCACUCUCCGUUUAUGGAAUACAACCGAGGCUGCUCCAGCCCUGAGUGUAUUUAAUGAUAAUCAAGAAUUGGGAAUCCCUGCCUCUGUGGAUCUAGUGAGCAGUGACCCGAGCCAUAUGGUAGCAUCAUUCAGCAAAGGAUACACAAGCAUCUUUAACAUGGAAACACAACAACGCAUUCUCACUUUAGAAUCCAACCUAGAUUCAACAGCCAGCUCUUCCUGCCAAAUAAAUAGAGUCAUCAGUCAUCCCACUCUUCCCAUCAGCAUCACUGCUCAUGAAGACAGGCAUAUCAAAUUCUACGAUAACAAUACAGGCAAACUGAUCCACUCAAUGGUAGCCCACCUAGAAGCUGUUACAAGUUUAGCAGUUGAUCCAAAUGGCCUGUACUUAAUGUCUGGCAGUCAUGACUGUUCAAUACGUUUAUGGAACCUAGAAAGUAAGACGUGUAUCCAAGAGUUCACAGCUCAUCGGAAAAAGUUUGAAGAAUCAAUUCAUGAUGUAGCUUUCCACCCAUCCAAAUGCUAUAUAGCCAGUGCUGGGGCUGAUGCACUGGCUAAAGUCUUUGUAUGACACAUUGCAUCAUCUUCACCUUCUAGCUCUUUAUAAAUAAUCAACUGCACAAAAGAGAUACAGAAGACCGGGGCAAGAGUCAACCCAUCCAGCCCUUUUGUUCUGCUGAAGGAGCACAGAGAACAUUUGUUAAAGUAUAGUUUUGCAAUUCGUUUUCUAAACCUAAGGUUUGUUCAGGUUGCUGCAAGCUCAGCUGAAUCUGUGAGCCUGAAAACUUUAAAAUUUUUCCCAAAAUAGGAGCUUUUAUUUCUGAGGUGGUUCUAAUUCGCUAGGCAGGCCUGAGCGAAGAACAUAGGUUUAGCUUACCCCUAUUAAGUAAAUAGGGCACAUUAUAAGGGAUAAUUAAAAAGGUUGAUGGCUGGGAAUGAGUAGAGGAAGAAUGGAAAUUUAGACCUAGUUCUCCCCUGAGAAAUCUUGUUAAACAUAUUAGGUAGUCAAAACAGUAAUCUUUAUCAUAUCUGUUGUACUAACCCCUAUGUGCAUAAUGACCAGGCAGUGUUAAAAUGAGUUUUUAAUUUAGCUCUCCUUUCAACUGUUCUCAUAAAGCACCUGGCAAAACAUUUUACCUAUUAGAGGGAAAAAAAGAAAUGCAAUAACAUGUUAAAUAUAUUAUUAUUCAGAAAUGCUAAACAAAUAUUUAGUUUUUAAGCAGAUUUCUAUAUUGUAUUACAUUUUUGAAAAUAGAUUUGGUACCAUUCUAAAGUUUAGCUGUCAAAAGCACUCACCAUUAUGAAGAAUAGUUGAUAGAGUCUGCUUUUACUAAAGGAUUUAACUUAUUCAGGUUUAAGAUUCUGUUUAUUUUUAAUGGCAAGCAGGUCAUAUCUUUCUAAUAAUUUCUGUUAAUUUUAAAAUUCAUUUUAUUCAUGGGAUGUUUAUAGUACCAGAGUGAUUAUUUCCUAUCAAUGAAAUCUUACCUUUCAGUGGUUGAAAAGCUGGAAGUUAUUUGCAAGUACUUAUUUAUCAAAACCCACAUAACCAUGCUUCAGAUGAUCUCUACUCUUUCUUCUUUGUCUCUUAUAUUCAAAUUAUCUGACACCUACCAAAAAUAGUUCAUAAUUAUUAUGUUUUAAUAGUCCAAAGGAUAUGGUUAACCUCAGGCGGCUGCUUUUGCAGAAGUACUAAAUAAAGCAAAUGUUUUGUGCCCCAGGAAUUCCCUUAUUAAUAUCUCUAAGAAGAAGAACCUCUUGGAAAUCUGGAUGGAAUAGUUUGGUGUAUAAUAUUGGCUAAAGGGUUCUCUCUUUCUUUCCCUCUCCCUACCCCACCUCCAGUGUCUAAUUGGAAUACACAGCAUGUUUUAAUAGGCAGUGAAUCAGUACUGUUUCUGGGGAAAACCAUUCUUGAAGAACCAGGGUUCCCUGAGCGCACCUUACCUAUGACCCACAUAUGGUCAACUCUUGGGAUUUCCAUGACCCCACUGUCUGGACCCAGUAUAUAGACCUCAUCCCUACAACUGUCUCACCUCUCCUCACACUCUUUCUUAUUUGCCCAAAAUGUCAGAGACCAAUCUGGAAAUUAGAAAUAAGUUACUAAUACCCAAAUUUUCAGCAAAAUGUAUUUUUAAUAGGCUCUCAGACUUAAAAAAAGUCCAUAUCCGUAAAUAUUGUAACCUUUUAAUAUAAUUCCUACAUUCCUAUGCCCGUGUAUUCCAUUAGCAUAACAAUGGCACUUCUGAUAAUAUGUACAUCUACUCCCUGAAGAAGUUUUAUCACGAUAGUGUCAAUAUUAAUUGACAGUUUUUCUUUAAAAUUUCUGCUUAUCUGCCUCUGGAAUUCUGUAGUAUACAGGCAAGUUUUCUUUAAAGACCUGUGUUAAAUUUGCCUAAUUGAUAUACAGAUAUGCUUUAAUAUUUUGACACAGCUACCUUGUCAUUUCAUCUGUGCUUUGGUUCACAGUGGGCUCAAGGGACUCCUUUGUGUAUUCAAAUGAUUUGACCUGGAUAUGAGCUACCAGUUAAAUGUUUAUAUUCCCAUGCAGGUAUAGAAUUCCACAUUGUGUUUGGCGAAUUCCUCUUUUGAUUGUUCACAAAGUAAAUAAAUGAUGUUGCUGACCUAACAUUUGUAGAAGGAUACUGGAAAAUUCCAGUCAGGUGCUCUUAAUUGGCAUAUUUGUGAUGGAUGACUACAGGCUAUUGUUCUACCAAUUAUUGCUUUAAUUACUUUCCAAGGUCUGCAGUGCCUGCUUUCCUUCUGUCACUGGAAUUCUCAAAACCAAGACACUCUCUUCAUCUGCGUUUUAUGCCGCAUGGUUGAAAUGCAUUUUUCUGUUAGUAAGUAGAAAACAACCAUGAGAUAUGUAGACUGUAGUGCAAAUGAUGGAACUGUUGAAAGUUCCUUAGAAAGCCAGUGCUGUGCUCUUGGAGACUGUACCCAGAAACAGAGAUUCUUCUCCACUAGCACUGUUAUGAUCUCAGUGUAGAAAUGAGCCAAAGCUGUCUUCCAAACAGAUAGAAGCAUAUAUAUGUGUCUGAUUUUUCCCUCAGCUUAUCAAAAAUUCAAUGAAAAUUGACAAAAUGAACAAAUUCCAGAUUUGAACAGUCACUGAAAUGCUGUCAUAGUGCUUCAUUUGUAAAUAUUUUGGAUGAAAUGUAUUGGAAUAGUAUGAAAAUCAGCAGGAGAUGUGGGUCCCUGCCUUAUCUUCACAUGCUAUGGAUACAUCUCUGGGAGCUUGCAGCACCCUUCUCAAAACUCAGCUGUCAUAUGGAGCUCAUUUGCUACUUGAACCAUAGACAGAUAUUUAACAUAAGUGAUAUAAUGACCUUCAGUAUUUUUCUAUUGAACAAGUUUAGCAAUUUUUGCCAUUAAACAGAUAAUUAGUUAUGCAAAGUAUUUAGCUUUUAUAAUCAUUUUAGUUAUGACUAAAAGGGGGGAAAUUGAGCUGUAUCACUGAUAACGAACUUUGUGAGAAAUUUUUUGUUUAUCUGACUUUCAUUCCUUCAGUAUUCUUGCUAUAAAUUUCUUUUGGAGAUAAUGAUGAAGAUUUAUUUGAAAAUGUCUAAAAUGUAUGUAUAUUUUAUAAAUAUAUAUUAUAUAUAUUGUAGGAAUAUAUAUAAUAUAUAUAGACUAUAUAUAUAUAUAUAAAACCAUAGGUGCAUUUUACUGUUUUGUAUGUUCAUUUUUGGAGGUAGUGUACACAGCAGGUGAUGACGAGUAUGAUGAGUGUUGUGCUGUUUGCUUUUGCAGUAUAAUAUAUAGUUCUAAAUGUUUAAAUUACUGUAUAUACUAUAUAUUCAUUAUAGGCUAGCAUGCUUGUUUUAAAGACUGUCAUUCUAGUUUAUUAAAAUCUGAAUGUAAGAAAA